GCCCCGGCCAAUGGGGGAGCUGAAUUUGUAACUGCUGGUGAUUUCAAAACAACCGAAAAUCAAAACCGACAAGCUGACAAGCUUAUGACAUCAACGAACUUUUACAUGUGCCGUUUUACAAUUUUUUACAUGAAAACUUGAAAAAUCCAGGGGAAUUUUACAAGAAAAAAGAAAAUUAAAAAUUAAGAAAAAUCAAAAAUGGCCCCAAUGAUACCAAAAAUGGCAAAUGCAAAAACAUUGACUGGAAUGCACGCGGUAUCGACAAGAAGCAGAACCAUAGCGAAUUGCGGGGGCCAAAAAGACACAGUCAGAGGCAAAAGAAAAGCUGAUUGUUCCCCUUCAAAGGAAAAAGGCGCUAAAAGGUCAGCUUUCGGUGAUGUAUCAAAUGUUUUGGCUAAAAGCAGAGCCAUUGACAAUGCCAAGCCAGCUUUGAAGACGGGCCCCAAAAAGGUAACAGUACAAGCUAAAGUUUUGGCAUCGGUGAAAACGGUGGUGAAACCUAGACAGAAUGAGAAUUUGGCGCCGCCGCCCGCCCCCGGUAACAAGGUGAUAACUAGGGCCGCGAAAAAUACCGCGGUCGCCCCAAAUCAAACGGCACUCAAGCCAAAGGAGGUGCUGAAGGAGAACAAUCACGCCAUCAGGGUGAAGACAAGGCUUAGCAAUGAGUUUGAAAAGACUGAGGAGUCGCUUUACUGCAGUGCUUUAGAGGACAGUAGUAACGAUUCCACCUACUUCAGUGCAAAAAGAUCCAGAUCGAAGUCCGGCGCCGAUCCGGAGUGCAAAUCGACGGCGGGGACUCCGGCGACUCCGGGCAACAACGUGUCGCUGGUGGCGCGCGAGAUCGAGGCGAAGCUUAACCUGGGCCACCACGAGGUUCCCGACAACGUCGAGGACUACGACAAGGAGUACUGGAACGACAUCUUCCAGGUGUCGCACUAUGCGAUGGACAUUUUCAAUUACUACAAGGAGAGAGAAGCUCACUUUUCGGUACCCGACUACAUGGACCGUCAGAUCUGCCUGACGCGCAACAUGCGCGCCCUCCUCGUCGACUGGAUGGUGGAGAUCCAGGAGAGCUUCGAGCUCAACCACGAAACGCUCUACUUGGGCGUGAAGCUGGUCGACUCGUACUUGAGCAAGAUGACGGUGGGCAAGGACACGCUGCAACUGGUCGGCGCAGCGUCCAUGUUCAUCGCCUCCAAGUACGACGAACGCAUGCCGCCCAUGAUCGACGAUUUCCUCUACAUCUGCGACGGCGCCUACGCCAGGAGGGAGCUGAUCCGGAUGGAGAUCAACAUCUUGAAGGUGUGCGGGUUCGACUUGGGCAUCCCGAUCAGCUACAGGUUCUUGAGGAGAUACGCCAGGGUGACUAAAGUGACGAUGCCGGUACUGACGUUGGCAAGAUAUAUUUUGGAACUAUCUUUAAUGGAUUACGAAACUGUAACUGUUAGAGAUUCUUUGUUGGCUUCGGCGUCUCUAUUUUUGGCGCUUAGGAUGAAGAAUAUUGGCGGUUGGAGUGCUGCCCUAGAAUUUUACACAGGGUACAAAUACGAAGACAUACGGAGUACAGUGCAAUUGUUAAACUCUGGACUGAACAAACCAAUAUCGAAAAAAACGAUGACCGUUCGCAACAAAUACUCUCACAAAAUCUUUUUCGAGGUGGCCAAAACGCCCGCCAUCAAAACGGAAAAUCUGUAACACCGAUUAUAUGUUUUUUUUUUAAUUUUUAUCGACAAUUUUAGCAUGUUUUAUUAUGUUGUCUCGAUUCCCCAGCAUAUUUACUAUAUUUUACGAUUAUUCUAUUUUAUAUAAAUAUGUAAGUAUACACAAUUUUUAGAGACGGUGUAAAAAUGAACAAAAGACCUAUUGUGUAUAUUUUUUAUUGUUUUAUGUAAUGUAAUAAGCAUUACUAAUUAAGAAUAGAUUUAUUUUUAUACCACCUGUUUUGACUAGUUUUAUUCUGUGUGACUACUGCUCAAUUGACUUGACAUGUACUUGUGUUGUUUUAGACAAUAAAUGAUUCGCCCAAAUUGUGUUAAAUUUUUGCGAAGAAAUUUUGAACCGAAAAAAUAACAGUAAAAUGCGAAAUUGUAUUACCUACUUGAAUUAUACAUUGGCUCUCAGUAUAAAGAAAAAAC